AUGUUAAAGGCCGAAUAUGAAGCUGAGGAGGGACCGCUUGACCAAUCUGGAAACCAGCGUAUCCUGAACAGCCAGUUGACGCCUGUGUUAUUUUCUGCAUAUAAGUCUUUUGGCGAAGGCAGCAUUAGUACCAAAGUCACCAUCCGAUUCGACAAGACUUAUAUUAACCUUGGGGACCACUACCACACAGAGGACGGGAUCUUCAUUGCACCAGAGACAGGUGUGUACUUGUUCCACUGGACCAUUGCCACUGCUGGUAGUCCCUUCUCCACUCACACUCCUCGUGCUUCCAAUCUUAUUCCUCACCCGGGUGGAUCAGAUUCCGCCUCAGCGAUGGUUAUUGUCAACGUCACAAAAGAGGACCAUGUUUGGAUACAGCUAUAUGGUGGUUCAGAGCAUGUGUAUGGGGGCACCAACUCAAUCGGAAAUUCUUAUCAAUCUACAUUUACUGGAAUCCUUUUACGCAAAUCUUAGGGCUUGUUUGCUAUUUUUGGUUUAUGUUUUUUUUGUUUUGUUUUUUUAUUUUCACAUACCACGCACUUACUUAGAUUACUAAUACUUUAAUAGUAUUACUGCAAUGUAUGACAUUGUACAGAUAUUGGAAACUGUACCAAAUGCAAAAGAUUCUUUAUACUCAUUCAUGAUUGAUUUGGAAUGUUUUUCUUUCGUUAAUAUGUCUGCACGUAACUGUCAAUAAAGAAUUAAAAUCACACAAGUUCUUAUAUUUUCAACAUAACAAGAUUUUGUAAGGUUAUUAACAGCAAAGAAAUGCGUAUGCUUCUUAAAGAUACAGACACAGUAUAAUGAG